ACACCCACACUAAAAACCCGGCAGUAACUUGGUAUUGCAGCGUGCACGCGAGAUUCGGGAACGCGCACGUGCUGGCUGCUGUCUUCUUGAGGAAGCGAUUAAGCGUCGAAGUGUACCUCUGCAGGACGUCGGAUGAUUUAUUUUUCUGUGUGCUUUACAUUCCUAAACUGGCAUUCGGUGGCAGCGGUGAUGAGGAUACGUUUCAGUUUUUUUCUACGUAUUUACAACACAGAUCUUAUUUUAGCGGCUACACGUGAGAGUCUUAAAGCAGCUCAAAAAAACGAACAGCCGACAGGGUUUUGUUGGUUUUGAAAUUCAUCCAACCAGACAAGGAAAAGUAAUGAGGUGACUAUGAAGAGACGUGAAUUUCAUACAAGAGAAAGGUGUGAAAGGACAUUUUUUGGCUUUUCCUUAUUUGUCCUGAAUCAAGUAUGACAUUACGAGAAUCUGCAUUUGCCAAUGGCUUUCUUGCUGGUGUGCACUGCCUGGCUUGGGCACUUAUAUUCCCUUGUUACUGGUUCUUGGAUCGACUUAUUUCAGUGUGCAUUCCUACUACAAAGGAACGAAUGCAUCGUCGAGAGCAGGCAUGCUAUCUUGUACCUUUAAAAGUCAUUUUUGGUUCUCUUGUAUUUUCAUUUCUGUUUUUGCUCACCUCUCCGAUUGCAUUGAUUGGCUUUCUCUUAUGGGUGCCGCUACAAUUGAAAAGGCGACCCUUUGUCUAUUUCCACAAGUGUUCCACUUCUGAGGAUGAAAGUUUGAAAAAGAAAACAGAUGACCAGGCUAUACAGGCAAGCUUUGGGUUUUUAACAGCGAAUCUGUGUCUAUUGCCAGAUUGUUUAGCUCGAUUCAACAACCUGUCUGACACUCAGCGAAGGUCUUCUGUCAUUGGCCAAUAUAUUGUUCAAGGUGUUACAAGACCCAGGAUAAAGAUUUAUGUUGAUUCACCCAGCAGUGGUACCUUAAGUCAUGGGAGUAAGAAUAGUCUCCUUACACCUUCUCAUACCUCUGGGGGCUGUACAGACUCCCAGUCACCUGGUAGGCCUCCUUUGCCACCAGAUUCCCACGUAGCAAUUGAAGAUGACAACACAUGUUUAGUUUGUGAAAAUGAGAAUCCUUUAAAUACCGGCCCUGAAGAUGUCGCCAUUGCUGUAAGUGACAAUUUCAAAGAGCAGGAUCAUCGCACAGAUGAAGCCGAAACAGUGUCAGACAAGAACUCUAACCAGAACUCUAAUGUCUUUGGACGUUUUAGCCAUAAAUUAAAGGGUGGUGAUGUACCCUUUGAGAUCUCUGCUCAUUUCCCUGCAAGUGUGGAUUUUAUAUGCCUUCAAGAGGUCUUUGACAAAAGAGCAGCUAAAAAGCUCAAGGAACAUUUGAGUCCUGUAUUUAAUCAUGUGCUAUAUGAUGUGGGGAUCUAUGGUUUUCACUAUUGUUCUAGCUUCAAAUUCUUUAACAGUGGAAUUUUCUUUGCAAGUCGCCAUCCAAUAUUGGAUGCCACCUACCAUUGCUUCCCUAAUGGAAGGGGUGAAGAUGCCUUAGCUGCAAAGGGUCUGCUUUGUGUUAAGGUCCAACUGGAACAUAACUACAAAGAGAAAAAGCUAAUUGGUUAUUUUAACUGCACACAUCUUCAUGCUCCUGAAGCUGAUGGGCAUAUCCGUUGUGAACAAAUGGAUAUGCUGAGCAAAUGGAUCAAUGAGUUUCAAGCACGCACCUUGAGGACUAAUGAGAAUGUGGCGUUUGAUGUUCUCUGUGGGGACUUCAACUUUGACAACACUUCCCCUGAUGACAAAUCGGAACAAAAUCAUAAUCUCUUUGAUGACUACCGGGAUCCUUGCAGAAAAGGUCCAGGCCAAGAAAAGCCGCAAGUGAUAGGAACUCUACUGGAGCAGCCCAAACUAUACAAGGUAGACUCUCCAGAAGAACUGCAGAGAGUGCUAGAAGAUGAGAAUGACAGGAAAAUAUUCUUGUCACCUCCUGUUGGCUUGGAUGGCAGUCCCUGCCAUAACAUGAACCCUGAAGCUCAGUGGGUUGGGAGACGCCUUGAUUACAUUCUGUACAGAGAGAAGCAGUUUACAACUGAAGUUGAAGAGUUCACAUUCAUCACUCACCUCGCUGGACUGACUGACCAUCUUUCGGUGGGCAUGAGGCUAUUAGUAAACAUGAACACAAACACGGACAAUCCAUAAUGAGAUUCCACUAUGAUGCCCCCAAAAUAAUCAACAUGGACCACCCCCCCUCAAAGCUCAUAAAGAAUUUGGUCAUCUUCAAGAGUAAGAAGACAUUUGUUGAUUUGGUAGAUUUCCUGGAUGCCAGUGCUCCCAGUUGCUUAUGCCAUGUCUUCACAUUUAUUUCCUGUAAAAUGUUCCUCCUUCUUCCCUGUAGGUUUGUGAGUGACGCUAAGUAGCACUUUUUCUUUUUUUUUUUUUUGAACUGUGUAAUUAGAAGUUUUUGAAACCCUGCAUUUUAUUUAAAAUCCUGACUUGAAGCAGUUCCACAAUCUUAAAUGAGCCAGCCUGUGGGAAAGACAUUUUAAGAUGAGGACUGCACUAUCCUGUUAAAAUAUAAAGAGAAAUUCGGGUGCUAGACGUUUAUGUUCUAAGGAGGAAAAUUUGAGUCCUGAAUAAAACGGAUGUAACUGAUGACUCUUAAUGGAAGCCAUAAUAAUGGGUGAAACUCCUGUAUUUAAAUCCUAUUUCAAUAUUGUAUGGGUGGACAGAAGUGAAAACAGGCUUGUAUACAGUAUUGCUGCUUCAUCGGCAGGUAAAAUAGAAAUACUGGGGGUCUUUAAAUGUGUAAUCUUCUAACAUAUAAACGUAAAAAAGGCAGUAGUCCGUCGUCUUUCUUUCUUCCUCUCUAUGUAUGGUUGAUGUCCCUGCACCUCCUUGUCCUUCACAUCUUCUUUUCCUUUAUCCACCCACCUCUGCUUUGGCUGCCCUCAGUUUCUCUUCCAGUGCUCUUCUCUUUUGCCCACCUACUCCUCGUCUCUCCUCAUCACAUGGCCAUAUCACUUCAGCCUACUUUCCGGUACUUUCUUAGCUGUCUCUCCCACUUUUGUUGUAUCUCUGAUUGUCUCGUUUCUUUUUCUGUCUUUAUCGUAACUCCACACAUCACAAGGCAGUAGUCAAUAUUUGAUUAUUUUAGUACUUAUUUUUUUUUUUUGCUAUGCAAAGGAGGGGGAAUACGUAUUUGUGCACUCAAAAAACAACCACCACCCCUCAAAUUGUACCCGUGUGAUACAAGGGCAGUGAUUACGCCUAACCAAGCUCGGCUGAAAUGCUCAACACAGUUGAGAUUUACAAGACUGUGCCACGACGAACUGCCAAAACUACAGCAGAGUGAGGGUUCAGUACGUGCACAGCUAAUCAAGAGGGGUACAUGUUUAAAAUUUGGAGCAAAUGUCCUUGUAGCUAUACCUAGCUGUUGUAAUGACAUGUCGAUGGAGUGAUUAUCUAAAAUCUUGCAAAGUCGUCCAUCCAGUGUUGUAUUUAAAUUGCUUGACAAUUCCCAGCAUCUUUGGCUUUGCAUGAAUUGACUCUAUUGGAAGACUCUGUUUUAAUUUUAUCAUUCAUUUCUGUCCAAUUAAAAAAUAUAUAUAUACUUGGCGUAAAUGUAUUCUUUUCUUUGCCGGUGAUUUUUAUUUUGCAUUAUAAGUUUCUCAAAGUGCCAUAUGUGACAUGUACAAUUCACUUUGCAGAGAGAAGUGCUGUUAUUACACUUGGAGCCCCUGCAGGUAAGUAAGUCGCUCCAUUGUGCUGGAAGGUGCCAUUCUGCCUGCCCACAUGUUGGCUUUUAGUCGAGUGGGAGUGAAACGGGAAAUGGCUGAAGUUAAGCUUACUUGUUUUCUAGUUACUGUACAAUUAGAAAGCCUGUUGAGUGGUGAUCAGGAAAGAAGCAGUUAAAGGCUGGUCACUUUUCCCUUUUCUUUCUUUAAAGAUAGGAGCUCCUGCUGUCUGCUUACCUAAGAAAGCUGACCUCCAUUGUGAGGUUCACAGAAACUUUUAAAUCUGAAAGUUGCAUUUUUUGCAUUGUGACUUUAACUCUUCAGACGAGUUUUUAGAGAUUUGAAAUUGUCUGCAGUAUUUCCAAGCCGAAUUACAAUACAGUAUACUGUAUUGUAGAAGACAUUACUAUUUCAGUAUU